AAAUAAAUCUAGGCAAUUUAAAACGACGUCACCGACGUCACCCCGAAAUAACGAGCAAGACCCUGAAAUUAAGUUAUAGUUAUGGUCAUACUAACAUCACACACACACACACGCAAAACACACACACACACACUUCAUCGACUUCACAGUCCUGGCAGAGAUUUUGGAGGUGGACACGUGGCUUCAGCUUUGGUCGCCCCUGGCUGGCCAGCGUGUUGGCUGGCUGGGGGCGUUAGGGCACACGACGUAAAAAUAACUUCGUAAUUUAGACGACGUCACUAAAUUUAGUUGUGAAAAAAUGAAAAUAACCGACGACCUAGGAAUUAAUUUAAACUGCCCAGAUAAAUGAGUUUCAUACAUGGAGCUGAACAAGCUACAAGCAAUUGCCACUGACUGUUCCGAUUGUUGCAUCCUUACAAACUAUGCAGGACUAUGCAGCUGUGGCAUCCUGUGGCCAUCUAAACGCCUUCCAACUAGGACCACCAAGUUGGACACCAAACCCGCGAUUUCCGGCGUGCGGGUUGCCAUGCCUUCCCGGAGGACCCCUGGCGCGAGGGACCUGGCUGCCGUGCAGUUGGCCUUCCACUUUGUGACGAUGUCCAUGAUGGAAGGUGCAGGCAGCACAGUUUCUGCACAGAGGGCCCUCACAGCGCCCUCAGCAACAGCACUGCGGCACCUGCAGCUUGCUCCGGCGCUUUCAACAUCGAUGCCUGCAGGGCUUUCAGGCCUGCAGCUUCGAGAAGAUGCGGCACAUGUCCAGUCUGGACAGUGAAUCCCCUCGUUCAACUCCAAUUGUGAAUCAUUCUGAUAUUUGUGCCAUCUCCAUGCCGACACGCUUAUAAGGCAAGCAGAGAAGAAGCAAGCUAUUGAUAGGCCGUUGGCCAAUGUCGACUGGCUGAGCUUCAAGAUUGUUUUCUUGGGGCAAUACUCAAGGGGAUAGUCAGCAUCACGCGAUGAACGAUGUUAGGUACUGACGGUACUGACUGAAUUUUAGAAAUUGCAGAGCAGUAGUGGUCGAGGAGCAAUUUUGAGACACGGCGCAUGUCAAUGGUUACAAAUGCUUGAUAUCCCCUCAUCAGAGUGUUCAUUAUGUGCUCAAUUGCAGGCUCAAAGAUUAUCCAGGUCCAAGCCGCUCCGAGGAACAACCGU